AUGGUGUCUUCAGCCUUGGCGAAGACACAACAGCAGUUCCUUCAAGCCCUAGUGAAGCUUCCCCUGCACAACGAAAAGAAAGGAGAACAUGGAGUCCAGCGGAUGCUCAUCAGCGGCUGGCUUAACACAAGCAAAGACCCCAUUGUUGGAAAUGAGCAAAGGUGUGGGGCAUUUUGGCAAAGAAUUUCCAACUAUUUUGGAAGCUGUCAAGAUAGUGAAGCCCGUGAGCCUGCUUCUGCGAUCCAGUGUAAGCAAAGAUGGCAGAAAAUCAAUGACUUGAAGAAGUUCACUUUAGAGCAUGCAUGGAAGGAGCUAAAAAAUGACCAGAAAUGGUGUGAUUUUUCAUCUAGUAAAAAUGCUGGGUACUCCAAAAGAAAAAGGUUGGAUGAUGGAAACGGCAUUGAAGAGAUGGAGGCAACUAAAACUUGCGAAGAAGACAAUGGCAACAGCAGACCUAUAGGAGUCAAGGCUGCUAAAGCAAAGGGAAAAAAUAGCAUUGAAGAGUUGAAGGUUCCAUUGGCUGAGUUCCAAACAAUGUGGACAAUAAAGGAGAGGGACAAUGCUCAUCAGGAAAAGAUGUCUAAACUGGUCAUACUUCAAUGUCUCCUUGGGAAAAAAGAAACCCUUACUGAGUAUGAAGAAGAUUUCAAGAAGAACCUGAUAAGCGAAAUGAUGUGA